GGAUUCUCUCUCUCUUAGGAACGGUUGGAUGUGAUUGGAUCCACCCAGACACAUCCCUGCCUCCCUAGCUGUUUUUCGAGGUUUUAGCCCAACCCUUCCCGGUAGUCAUGGAUACGGUCAUUGUCCCUUUAAUUCGAGCCUGACUUUGGCGAGUCGUGUCAGUCAGUCAGUCAGCAUGCCUCGCGCCAAACGCCCGGCUCCUCAGCGACUGGAUUCCUCAGCCCGACAAGCUCAACAAUGGGCCAUGGGACCACCGCCACCCGACCAGGCGACGCCCUCUGGCUCGGCCAGAGCGGCUCGACCCGUGAGGGCCGCGGGAUCGGGUCUAGGUAUUCUUGACUUGACCGGUAGUGAUUCGGACGAGGAGGAUGAGGAUUACGUGCCUCAAGGGGUCACAAACACGACUGAAGCGGUGGAAUUGAGCCCUGGGCCCACUCCUGCGGCCUGUAUAACCCCACCCGGCCGGCCGGGUGGGGCUUGGAGCGUCCAAUUUGGCCCCACCAGGACGGAAGGGUCGGGUUGGUGGGGAUCCUUGGGCCGAUAUACGUUUCUGGUACAGCCUACGAGUCAAGUGCGUCAGAUCACGGGCGCGGGUACGAUUUACGUGGGUACAAGUAGCGAUGAGGCGGGUUGGUUGGAGUUGGACGACGGACGGCGGCUGGCCUUGAUUUCCAUGGGUGAAAACGCCCAAGGCUUGAAGGUGUUGGGCGAAGUGGGCGUGAAACGCCUGAGUGUGUCGCCGCAGCUCACGGUGCGAGACUUUGAUGCUCAAAGCGGGGAAUUGACUUUGUCGUUGGUCGUGAGUGAUGAGACGUUGCUCAAAGUUAGUCACCCGUCGGAUUUGAUGGCCAAAAUCCCGACGGGUGUGCGACGACUUUUGGAUGAAUGUCUAGGUUUGGAUCAUUUUGAGACCUGGGAUGAAUUAGAGCACAUGAAGCACGAUAUUGACCUCAUCUAUGAAGAAAUUAAAGCCUUUCACAGUUCAGACCCGACGUUGAAAAACAGCUCGGUCGAUCCGCAACACCCCAGUCUAUUGCCCCGUCUCCGACCAUAUCAGAGGAAUGCCGUGAAAUGGAUGGUGGGUUGUGAAAAGGGUGCUCCCACCGGAGACCAUCCACUCCAUCCCCUGUAUGAAGAAGUUCGCACUUUAGAAGGCGAUGCGCUGUACUAUCACGUCAAAGGCGGAUUCCUCAUUCGUGAUCGUCCUCGGGCUCAACCCAAACCCCCCGGGGGUAUAUUGGCCGAUGAAAUGGGUCUGGGUAAAACCGUUGAGAUAUUAUCCCUCAUGCUUUCUCACCCGCGACAAGAAUUGCCCCGUCCGGCUUAUCAAGCACCCAUUGUUCUGAGGAGUGACGAGAAGAAGAAGAAAAGACGACGUAGACGAUCACCCACGCCCGUUGAAUUUGUCUUGGACGGAACUCCGAGUGAAGCUCCAACUUGUGGCUCGCCAAGGAAGACUCCAGACGAAACCCUGAUGCAAGUAGACGGCAAUGAUAGCGGUUCGGAUGCUAGUUCCCGGUUGAACGAGUCGGAGGAUCAUUCCGAUGAGAGUGACCAAGAAAGUGAGACCGAUCGAGAGGAAGAGUACAAGCCUCGGCCAAGCCGAUCGCGACAAAAGAAAGUGACGUUUAACUUUGAUGAAGGGAUUGAGGCUACACCUGCUAAGAAACCCAGAGCGAGCAAGUCUCAAGAGCCGGGGUCAUCUAUUCUGGUAAAGUCUAAGGAAGCGUUUGAUCCGAAAUCCGUUUUGAAAGGUCGAACUGUUACUGCCAAGUCUCCGAUGAGUGAUAUGAUUCUCCAUGGCGUGAUUGCCAUUGCCAAAAAUGGUGACGGUGCCAGUACGCACGCUUUGAAGAAGCAUUUGGCCAAGACUUUUGGCAAAUCAUCUGCUCAGCAUCUGAAUCAAUUCAAAAAGACCGUUGUCAAAUUGGUGGGCCAGGGACUUCUUGUGAACACGUCGCAUCAAAGUGGAGCCAAUGGAUCAUUCAUCGUCAACCCUGACCACGAAAGCUUCGACUCCCGAGGCCUUUACUUUGCCAAAGACCUAUCUGACAUUGAAAAGGUCAUCGAGCAAGUGAUCACGAAUCGUUGUUAUGGCGGACAAUCGUAUAAUAGGGAUCAAGCGGAUAAGUUGGCUAGUGUUCAUAAGAAGCCCAAAAAAGAGUCUAGUACCUAUAAACGAUUGAAGGAUAUCUACGAGAUGCAAUUGGCCGGCUUAUCCGAAGCGGUGGAGCUCACCCCAGAAUAUCGGAAGGCUCGCAGGAAAUGGAAUGGAACGUUCUUUGACACCAAAGUAGGACAGAGCGACUAUUUCGAGUGCAUUUGUGGCACUGACCUGGAUGCGGAUGAGGAUCGUUUACACCGCAUUCAAUGUUCCAAGUGCCAAUUGUGGCAGCAUUCCGAAUGCGUGAAAUUUGAUGUCACGGAUCCAUAUCGAGGUGACUACUUGUGCCCUCAUUGCUGGACCUUGCAAGACCCAGUCCAAUCAGGCGCCACUCUCAUCGUCUCUCCAAGCACCAUCUCAUACCAAUGGAUAGAGGAGAUCCAGAAGCAUGUUCGAGACAAGAAAGUUCGGAUGCUCUUCUAUGAAGGCACCAAACAAGCUGGAUACAUACAACCCCGUGAUUUGGCAUCGUACGACAUUGUCAUCACCUCUUACACCAUCCUCCAGUCGGAGACAAAUUAUGUGGACCUUCCACAUAGCAACAGCUCGGAAGGUCGGCGAUUUCGCAAUGCCAAGCGCUACAUGGCCAUUCCUGCACCCCUUCUCUCAAUUCAAUGGUGGAGGAUCUGUUUGGACGAGGCUCAGAUGAUCGAAGUGACCACCACGAAAACGGCGGAAAUGGCCUUGCGACUCUCGGCGGUAAAUCGAUGGUGCGUGACCGGUACGCCGAUCGAGAAAUCCCUGAAUGACGUCCAGGGAUUGCUCCUGUUCUUGCAGUACGAUCCAUACAGUCUGCAACGAUGGUGGCGAGAGUGUUUGUAUCUUCCCUUUGGCCACGGCCUAAGAAAACCGCUGAUGCAGGUGUUAUGCGAGGUUCUUUGGCGAACUGCAAAGAAGGACGUCCUCGAUCAGAUCAAUAUUCCAUCUCAGACCCAAGAAAUCCAUUGGCUUUCGUUCUCGCCCAUCGAGGAGCACUUCUACCGACGGCAGCACAUCGAGAGUUCCCGUGAUGCCGUCGCAAAAAUUGGCAAAUGCUCGGAUCUGUCCAUGCACCUUUCGGCCAUGGACCGUAAUUCACUGAAUAAUUUACUGAACCCCCUGCUACGAUUGCGACAAUCGUGCUGUCACCCUCAAGCGGUUCGAGGGCAGUUCAUUGGACUACAGAAAACCACAAUGACCAUGGAAAACCUCUUGGAACAAAUGACGAAAAAAGUCACCCUGGAGUGUGAAGAUGCUCAUCGCCAAUUGAUUGCCGCUCUCAACGGCUUGGCAGCCAUAGCUAUCAUCGAGGAACAGUGGGUGGAGGCCUCGGAAAAGUACCGAGAAGUCCUGAGAACGUCCGAGGAAUACAAGGACAAAAUCAAGACGGACACGCUGCAGAAAUUGCACACGAUCUCGAAUUUGCGGGAACUGCUUGAUGCUCACCAUGAUGGAGUGGAUCCAACUCUCAGGGAUGAUCAAUUAUUGGACGAGGCUGAAGUGCUAAAAAAGAAUUACCUCGUCAAAUACUCUACUGCCAUUGAAGCUGCCCAAGGUGCACUCCAUCCGAUCACCGCUCAAGUGUUGGAACUCCAAUCGAGCUUUGUUUGUCGGAGAGAGCCUUGGUACGUGCAAGUGAUUAAUGAUUUAAAGUCAUCUAGCAAUGAAGCGAAUCUAAUGGAUCUGGUCCGCGAAGAAAUGGCUCAAUUUUUCGACGUCGUCAACGACAAGGAGUUCAAGCAAAUCGAGCACAAAUACCCUAAUUCUAGAAUUGUCCUCUACAAAUUGGGAGAGAGCGUGGCUCAACUUGAUACAACUCGCGAGGGUGUGACAAAAGGGCUGACAAACCUGCGGGAAUCCCCGCCUGAAACCUUCUUGAAUGGAGCAGUUGAUUGCCAUCUCCGAGUGUCUGCCGCCUCUCAAAAGAAUCGCAAGUUAUGCCAACUGUGCUUGGUGCAUGACGAAAUUGAGGUUUACGAGAGCAUGAUUUUCCAUUUCGUUAAGGACGAAAUCCGAAGUCUCAAGGGACCUGCCCGGCAAACUCUCACUACAGACGAGAAUAAGAAACUGGAAGAUGCCGGAGUGUUCUUAUUGGAUGACCAGAGAAAAGGCACUUGGGCGGAUUGUGAGUCGGAACGGUUAUUAAGAGCUAUCUUGAAAUUCACUCGUCAGAAGUCCGUAAGUGUGAGUGGUGCCAUUCAAAGCGAUGGUGCCGCUCACAUCAAGUUGUUCGAGGCCAUGAAGAAAGAGUUCAAGUUGAUGAGGAUCCUUUGGCGACAGAUUUAUGAUCUGGUGGCGGGUGUGGACGAAUUGAAUAUGUCCGUCAUGCGGCUUCGCCUUCGUUUCGAGGACGAACCUCAGACCUCACAAAGUGCCUUGAAGCAGAAAAAGAGUUCUCAAGGAACCAAUCUGGCCACCAGAGAGAAGGACAAAUUUGAAACCAUUUACAUUCUAGAGGAACACGAGCUUCCCAGUCAGAAAUUGAAACUCAUCUCAGAUUGCACGGUAGCCAAAUGCGAGUUCCGCAAAAUGUUUGGGCAAUUGGUGUAUUUGGAGAACUUGAAGAACUCUGAUUAUGGGAAGAAGGGCGGUGCCAAUCCAGAGCCGUGUCCAGUGUGCCAACAAGAACUAGGAAUGCAAUGGAGUGUGCUUCAGUGCGGUCAUUGCUAUUGUGUCGAGUGCAUCCGCGUCUUGAUCGAGAAGUAUUCAAAUAGCAAUAUUCAAAGCGCGCACAGAAGGUCGUUAAAAUGCCCAAUUUGUCGAAAUAUCACAGUCCAUGGAGAGAUCUCCUAUGUGAAAACGAGGAAAGAAGAAGUGAACUCGGAGGAGGAAAAGCAAGCAUUAGAGCAAGUCAAAGGCAGCUUAUCGACGAAGAUGGAGGCCGUGGUCCGAGCAAUUAUGGCCAUUCAAGCUGAAGACCCGAACUCUAAAUCCCUCGUAUUUUCCACCUGGACGGAUGUCUUGGACAUUUUAGGGACGGCCUUGACCGAAAACAGCAUUCCAUUCGCUUCGUUGCAUUCAAACGUCAAGUUCAAAAGGAACCUGCAAAAGUUCAAGAAUCGCCAAGAUGUAAAAGUAUUACUACUACCCAUAACUUCUGGAGCCAAUGGUCUCAACCUGAUCGAGGCCAGCCAUGUGCUUCUGGUCGAACCAAUUCUCAAUCCCGCUCAAGAACUUCAAGCCAUCGGUAGAGUUCAUAGGAUCGGACAAACCAAAUCCACGCGGAUACAUCGGUUCAUCGUCAGAUCUACCAUCGAAGAGCGCAUGCACAGAAUCUUGAGCAAUUUUCAAGAGACCAAAGUGGGACAAAGCAGUCACUGCACCGAGGAGAAUGUGCUCACUAUCCAGGAUUUGAAAAACAUUUUCGUGGAUUAGAGCCUCCCAUGUUGACAUUGCAUUCGUGUCAUUCAUUCUCAUACCAUGUACAAAUCAAUCCCAUUUAUAAGAUAUGAAAGCUGUUGCGAAAUGAAAUUGGCUCAUUUGA